AUGCAAUCUAAACAGAAAGCGGCAUUAGGCAUCAACGGCACGCGCAUCUCUGGAAUCUCCGUGCGAAAGGAAAACGUGACAGCGGCUUCAGCCGUGGCAAACAUUGUUAAGUCUUCCUUGGGUCCUAUAGGGCUUGAUAAGAUGCUGGUCGAUGAUGUUGGUGAUGUGUGUGUGACCAACGAUGGCGCGACGAUUCUCAAGAGCCUAGAGGUCGAGCAUCCCGCGGCGCGGCUGUUGGUGGAUCUUGCUCAGCUCCAGGACCGCGAGAUUGGGGAUGGAACAACUUCCGUCGUCAUCCUCGCGGCUGAGCUGCUGAAACGUGCUUACGAACUUGUCACCCAUGGCAUCCAUGCCACGUCGAUUAUUGCGGGCUAUAAGUUAGCCUUGCGCGAAGCACUUCGGUAUUUGAAUGAUAACCUGAGCUGCCCUGUGGAUAGUCUCGGUAAGGACGUGCUGCUUAAUGUUGCGCGUACAUCAAUGUCCAGUAAGAUCCUAAAUAACGACGCUGAUCUCUUCGCUAAAAUCGUUGUAGAUGCCAUCUUGUCGGUGAAGACCGUCAACGACUUCGGCGAUGUCGUGUACCCGCGCAAGGCUGUGUCAGUUCUUCUGCAGCACGGCCGAAGCCUGCACGAGUCUCGUCUCGUGCAGGGUGUUGCCAUGAAUCUCUCUCGUGCAGCCCAAGGCAUGCCGUCUUCUGUUAAGAAUGCUAAAAUUGCUCUGGUUGACUUUGAUCUUCGUGCAAUUAAAAUGAAGCUUGGUGUUAACAUCACUAUCACUGACCCAUCCAAGGCAGAGGCGAUUCGCCAGCGGGAGCUUGACAUAACCAAGGAGCGUAUCCAGAAGAUGAUUGCGGCCGGAGCUAACGUCAUUAUGACGUCCUGGGGGAUUGAGGACAGCAUGAUGAAGUAUAUGGUUGACAAGGGUAUCCUUGGUGUGCGUCGCGUGACGAAGGAUAACUUGCGUCGCAUUGCCAAAGCCACCGGCGCCACCAUUGUGCACACGAUGUCCGACCUGGAAGGCGAGGAGGUGUUCGAGGCCAAAUGGCUGGGCUCCGCUGAGAAGGUGUAUGAGGAGCACAUCGGCGACGACGACUGCAUAGUUGUCUCAGGUACACCGAAUACGGUGUGCGCCACGAUCAUCUGCCGCGGCGCCAACUACUUUGUGUUAGAGGAGAUGGAGCGCGCACUGAAUGACGCCUUGUGGGCCGUCGCGCGUGCGUGUGAUGCGAGUUCUGUGGUUGCCGGCGGUGGUUCCGUUGAGGCUGCACUCUCUAUCUACUUGGAUAACUUCGCCCGCACCCUGAGCUCCCGUGAGCAGCUCUCAGUUGCGGAAUUCGCAGAGUCGCUGUUGGUUAUCCCCAAGACCUUGGCCCUGAAUGCUGCCCUGGAUGCAACCGACCUGGUUGCUAAGCUGCGUGUUGAGCAUAACAUUGCACAGAGUAGCGGGCAAAAGAAUGACAGCCGUUUCACUGGGCUUGAUCUUCAUAACGGUUCUCUGCGUGAUAACAUCAAGGCUGGCGUAUUGGAGCCGACACCGAGCAAGGUUAAAUCGCUGAAGUUUGCUACGGAGGCAGCUAUCACGAUUCUGCGCAUAGACGAUUGCGUUCGGCUCAAUCCUGAUGAAGAAGAGCAGCAGAUGCAGAGGUAG